AUGUUCGUGAAUCUCGACGGAGAUCCAACAAGGCCGACCCUUGAAUUCGACAAAUAUCCUAAGGAUCUAGUUGUUGAUGGGGGCUCGGCUGAUCUUUCAUCUUCAACUCCUGCUCUCGUAGAAGGAGAGGAUGGAUAUGUGCUCGCGUCCAUGACCAAGGAGUUUGAAGAUGGCAUACAUACUGGGCUGGAGAUCCAGCGAUGGGAUAUCAAUAUUGGAGAAGACGAGGCAGUGAAGUACUGGCUGGAAACUCCGAAAAGCUCUGCUUCCUUGGGCAUUCGUUCCCUCAUAGGGUCUGAGGAUUCAAUAUUCCAUGAAGUGGUGGAUCGCAUUUCCCAGAAGAAGGUGUCGCUCUUCACUCCUGGCACACUCGAGGCAUCAACCAUGUCUUUGAGGAGUGUAGACUCCCGGACCGCCAUGACCAUGGAUAGACUGGCUAAGGAGAAAGAACUAUUCGACCGAGACGUUGAUUCUCAAGAGGAAGAUCCGUUGCCAGAGGGCUGGGAGGUCACUAGAAACUCGGAAGAAGAAGAUUUCGCGAGAAGGUUGGCCAAGACUACCUCUAGGCUUGCCAUUUGGUCCGGCAACCAUAUCUGGUGGGCUGUGAGAAACCCUCUGUUAUUACAGCUUGAAGCGAGUCUGCAGUCGACCGCAUUGGAGGACCUUGGCGCAUCUCAUACUACCGAGGAACGUCGUCAGCUGUUCUCCAUACUCAACUCCAUUCGAGGACGCGAUGCGAAGACGGAAUUAGAAUUCAUGACCUUUAGCUACAUACGGCAAAGAGCUAGUGUUCUUCUCUUCGCGAGCUUCUUACACUCCUCUCAAGAUUCGUUCGCGGAUCCAGAGCUGAAGGCGAUGGAAGAGGUCCUCGUCGACGGUGGACUGGAUCCCAGAGUCAUUCUUGCGCUGAUACCCGGUCUACGAAAUGAAAUAAUCGAAACGCGAAAAGGUACUUGGAUCUUUGGAGGUGUGAAAGGAACUGUCGAGAGGUACAUUGCGUCAGACAAAUUUGGCGAGAUAGGUCAAACGGCCCAUGCCUUGGAUCCUAAAAUACUACAAUUUCUUCGUCGAUUCCUUACGGCAUGGAGGCGAAAGAAGGGAUUUGGCAGCAUCGCGGAUGAGCAUGAAGUCUUCCGGACCGUUGAUGCAUCCUUGCUUGCUGUCUUGCUAGAACUAGACAAGGACUCGCCGAAGGGACUGGCGAAAAGCAAUACCGUCCGCGCUGAGCUCUACGAUCUUGUUGAUCGUGGUGUGGACUGCUUUGAUCGUGCAAUCGAUCUCCUCGAGUCCCAUCAUCGUUUGUUUGUCUUGAGCCGUUUGUACCAGAGCCGAAAGAUGGCAUCUGAUGUGCUCGCCACUUGGAAGCGCAUUGUCGAAGGCGAGCCAGAUGACGGCGGCGAGUUUAAAGAUGGCGAGCUGCGAGUCCGCGAAUAUCUCAAAGUCAUAAGCAAUCAGGCUCUUGUCCAGGAGUAUGGUCUAUGGCUCGCCAACCGAAACCCGAAGCUUGGCGUCCAGGUUUUCGCAGAUGACAAGGGGAAAGCGGCCAAGUUUGAACCGACUCAGGUUGUUGCGCUUCUCCGGGAGGAUGCCCCUGAGGCGGUGAAAUACUACCUAGAAUACCUUGUCUUCGGCAAGGGGAACACAUCAUAUGUCAACGAGCUUAUUAGCUACUAUCUUGACAUCGUAAUCAAUGAUCUCCAGUCAUCUGCUGAGGCUCGCGAGACAGUGUCUGCUUCGUACGAAGCAUACCGAGCACUGCGGCCACCAAAGCCCACAUACCGGCAGUUCCUCACAGAUAACGCCCCACCAGAGAAUGAAGUCUGGCAUAGUCGUCUACGGCUUCUACAGCUUCUUGGUGAAGCCCAUGAGUAUGAUGCUAAGGCGAUUCGACAGCGAAUCACUACAGCCUUUCCGGACGAUGCCGGGGGUACCACAGACAAGCAACUGCUCGUGCCUGAAGCUAUCAUACUGGACGGCCGUGAACGACGGCACGAGGAUGCUCUUCGUCUCCUUGUUCAUCGGUUAGGUGAUUACGAUACUGCAGUAUCGUACUGCCUCCGAGGCGGCGCAAGCAUCUACACUCCAACGCCAGGCCGACGGGAGAGCAUGCCAACAGAGGACACCCAAGCGGGGCUGUUCCGUGCGUUACUACGUGAGUUCUUAAAGCUCGAAGACGUCAAUGAUCGCGUAGAGCAGACAGGGACACUAUUAGAGCGCUUCGGGGGCUGGUUUGAUGUCCUUGAGGUGCUCGAGCUCAUCCCUGACAGUUGGUCGGUCGAUGUGACAGCCGCAUUCUUAGUGAGCGCUUUAAGGAGACUCGUCAGGGAGAAGAACGAGGCUGCUGUUGCAAGGGCGCUAAGCUCAGCGGAGAAUUUGAGGGUCAACUAUGAUCUUCUGAAGAAGAUAGAUGAGAAGGGUCCUACGGUUGAGGCUCAGAAUUAA